GGAUCUUAAGAGGUCAGAUCUUCAUGAAGGAAUCAGGUUUUUGGGGAAUCUGUUCUGUGCAGCAGCAGAGAGAGAACAGCAGACAGGAGAGAAGAUCCUGCAGCAGUUAUCAUCAGUGUGCAGACAUAAAUCAUUCCCUUUUAAUGAAAGAUACAUGGAUGAGGAACAUCAGUGUGAUUUCCUGCUGGAUCUGUACACCCACAUGAAGGACUGUGAAACUCAAACAGGAUUCAGAGUUCUUCCAUCAUUACGGUCAGUUUUCCAGUCAGUUCCUGCAGUCUGGAUCAUAAACCUCUCAGAGAGAAAGACCUCCAUCCUCCUGGAAGUGUUGAAACUCCAAUCAGAGAAGAAACCAGUGAAGCUGACAGGCUGCUCACAUGAAGACGGUGAAGUGAGGAGUUUUCUACAGUGUCUGCCGUAUAUCUCACAGCUCAGUUUGGAUCUUAAGAGGUCAGAUCUUCAUGAAGGAAUCAGGUUUUUGGGGAAUCUGUUCUGUGCAGCAGCAGAGAGAGAACAGCAGACAGGAGAGAAGAUCCUGCAUCAGUUAUCAUCAGUGUGCAGAUAUGAAACAUUCCCUUUUAAUGAAGGAUACAAGGAUGAGAAACAUCAGUGUGAUGUCCUGCUGGAUCUUUACACCCACAUUAAGGACUAUGAAACUCAAACAGGAUUCAGAGUUCUUCCAUCAUUACAGUCAGUUUUCCAGUCAGCUCCUGCAGUCUGGAUCAUAAACCUCUCAGAGAGAAAGACCUCCAUCCUCCUGGAAGUGUUGAAACUCCAAUCAGAGAAGAAACCAGUGGAGCUGACAGGCCGCUCACAUGAAGACGGUGAAGUGAGGAGUUUUCUACGGUGUCUGCCGUAUAUCUCACAGCUCAGACUGAGUGAAGAGAAUAUCCAGCAGGUUCUGGACCUCCUGCUUGAGAUCCCGGACCAGGAAUUGAUGUCCAGGAGUAGGUUUGAUGUAGACCUGACCUCGUGUUGUCUGACCUGGGAUCUUCUUCACAAUCUGCUGCAGAAGUCGUCAUCUCAGACCAUCAUUGUGGAUCUGAGGAAGAACCGCUUCUUACAGCAGAACCCUGGACGUCUGCUGCCAUUUUUGGACCAGAUUUUGUUCAGAAGGCCCGGUCCCGUCUUCACGAGGACCUUCAUCAGAGAACUCUACAGAGCUCGUGCUCGUCACAUGAUACCCAGUUUGCUGAGGUCGUUGGAUCAUGUGAUCAGUCUGAGUUGCACAGAGCUGGACUUGUUGGACUGUGAUGGUCUGCUCUUCAUCCUCCAACACAGUGAUGUUGUUAAACUGAACCUGAUGUGGGCCUCCAUCCCAACAGAGAGAACAGAGUCCAUCCUCCUCAGACUGGACCGGGUUUCUCAUCUCAGUGUGGACAGGAACCAGCUGCUGGGGUUCAUCCGCUGCUGCACUGCCUCUUCCAGCCAGCAGGAGGCAGCGUCAGGUCUGCUGAGGACUCUGCAGCAUAAGCUAGAUCUGUCCUGGUCGUCCUGUGUGGCGCUAUCAGAGGACGAUCAGGCCGAGCCUUCAGGUCUGACUGAUGGAGACUGCAGGGCCAUCUCUACCAUCCUUAGAUGCAGCACCCAGGACACACAGCUCCUCCUGACCGGCUGGCAGGUGAAGGACAGCGGCUUGGACCUGCUGUUCCCCGUCCUGGACAGGGUCCGUCUCAGUGUCAGUAAGCCUGUGCUCCUCCAGCUGCUGUCCCUGGUUCCUGUGAACAGAGAGACGGACACGGUGAGACGGGCGGAGUUCCUGAACAAAUCCGUGGGUGGAGAGCUGGAUCUGAGUCACAGCACACUGGAUUUGUGGCUCUGUGUAGUUCUGAACCAGAUGCUGGACAUCUGUGAAGACCUGACAGAGCUGGACCUCAGUCACUGUCAGCUCACAGACCAUCUGCUGUCCCUGCUCAUCACCCAGCUGCACAAAGUCCACGUCCUGGAUCUGAGUCAUAAUCUGAUCACUGAUGCUUCCACUGAUGUGCUGCUGCAGCUCGUCUCCAUCAACCCCUCCAUCAGCUCUGUGAGACUCUUCAACAACAACAUCACAAACAUGACGGCCUUUAGGAGACACCAGCAGUUUGAAAUCUGGUGAAGCAUCCGCCACUCAAGGGUCCUGUCACCACCAGCCCUUAAAACCCGUCUCCUUGACGACAGCCAUCCAUCUUCUACACCUGCUUCCUCCUACUCAGCGUCUCAGGGGUCUGCUGGAGUCUGUUCCAGCUCUCCUCAGGGUUUAUCCGGAUAAGUCCGUCUAAGGGCUUCGUGACGACAUACCUCUCGUUUCUGAGCUGCUCCUGUCAUGGAGAUCAUGAUGAUGUCACUGUAAUGAGUUUAUUUGACCCUUUUAUUCUCUUUUGAUCAAAGAUGUUAGUGGUGUUGGGAUGUUUCAGCUCAGUUGUGGAUCAAUGAUCCAGGAAACAGCGCCAGCUGGAUCCACUCAGGGCAUUCAUUUGUACUAUAUAUGUAUAAGUUUCCUUUGAAGAGUCUUGAAAAUAAACAACUUUGGAC